AUGGCAGACCCCAUUGGCGCCCAGCAGCAGAAGUCUGGCAAACCAUGGAGUGGCACCAACAAAAUCCCAAAUAUCAAGGAAUUCGUGGCCAACCUCGACAGAGACAAGGCUCAAAGAGACAAGGCUAUUGACACCAAUGGCACUGCUACUCCCUCUCAAGCAAAUUCGUCCGAAGUGACACCACAUCAAAAUGAAAAACCAAAGGCUCAAGGAAAGACGGUCACAGAUCCAGUCACGGGAAAUCAAGUGAUUAUUGCGGAUGUCGGCAAAGAAUAUAUGGAACGAGCGGAUGACCCCAUGUUAUCCGUACCAAACGCAAAUGUGGGAAAGCCAACUCCCGUCCAGACCGAUGCUUCUCAAUCAGGAGCUGAGUAUAAGGAGAAACAAGAUAUCACAGCUCCUCCAGAUCCUAUUGCUGAGGGGUCCACCUCGGACGUGCCAAUUCAUGGAGAGAAGACGAAUAUUUUAUUUCAUCCCACGCCUUCGGUCAGCUAUGAACCCAUGUUUGCAAUGCUCGAACAGCGUGCAGGUGGGCUCUGUAUUGCAAUCUUGUUGUCCAUCAUUUUUGUGGGUAAGAUGUUUGGUGGUGCUCUAAAGGGCCUGAUUCCACUAGGCAUGGUGCUGGCUUCUGGUGUUUGGCUAUGGAUGAAAGAGGUUGUUAGAAGCGGCCGUGAGGUCGAGUGGAGCAGCGAACAGGCGAGAGGCGAGACUGCUACAGCGAAUCUUCUCCCUGAAUCCGUGGAAUGGAUGAACACCUUCCUCGGGAUUGUGUGGGGCUUGAUCAAUCCUGACAUGUUUGCAGCAGUGGCAGAUACGUUGGAGGAUGUCAUGCAAGCUUCCGUUCCAGGAGUCAUCAACAAUGUCAGAGUCGCCGAGAUAGAUCAGGGAAACAACCCGAUCCGUAUUCUCAGCUUACGAGCCCUGCCGGACUCCAAGGUAGAAGAUCUCAAACAGAGUAUUCACGAGGAGAACAAGAAGACCAAGGAUCCCCAGGAAGCAGCUGCCGAUGAAGAGGGAGGAGACUAUUAUAACCUCGAAGUUGCAUUUGCUUACCAUGCCAAACCUACAGGAGGAUCAUCCGCUGCCAGGGCGAGGAAUAUGCACAUGAACUUGGUGUUCUACCUUGGUAUCAAAGGUCUCAUUGGAGUCCCUCUACCAAUCUGGGUCGAACUUCAGGAACUCGUUGGUACUGUUCGCUUAAGAUUGCAGAUGACACCAGAACCACCUUUUGCGAAAAGCUUGACCUUCACUCUCAUGGGUGUUCCUCAUGUGCAGGCAGGCUGUAUCCCAAUGGUCAAGCGUGGGGUUAAUCUCCUCAACUUACCACUGAUCUCGAAUUUCGUCAACUAUGCGGUAGCAGCUGCUGCAAGUUUAUAUGUCGCCCCCAAAUCUAUGCAGCUGGAUCUGAAGUCAAUGCUUCAGGGAGACGAUAUCACAAAGAACACUCAAGCAAUUGGUGUAAUGUGGGUUCGCAUUCAUCGUGCCAAUGGUCUCAGCAAGCAAGAUCGCCGUGGCAGCAAAUUCGGUGGAAGUGAUCCUUAUAUCAACCUCUCGUUCUCCAAGUAUGGCAAGCCAAUGUACUGCACUCGUGUCAUUACCGAUGACCUCUAUCCAAUCUGGGAGGAGACUGCUGCACUCUUGGUCACUCCAGAACUAAUCAAAGCUGAUGAACAAUUAAGUAUCGAACUUUGGGACUCGGAUCGCAACUCAGCUGAUGACAUGGUCGGCAAAGUCGAACUGUCCAUGCAGAAAAUGAUACAACACCCAGGAAAGAUGUACCCACAAAUUUCCAAACUGGCCGGUGUUCAAGAAGGCACCGAAAUGCCAGGAGAACUCCACUGGGAGGUUGGGUAUUUCGGCAAACCUAAAUUCCGUGCUGCCCUGCGAACCGAUGGCAAAAACAAGGCUCUACCAAAUGCUCUCAAAGGAGAUGAUCAGUUUGAAGAUGACAAAGGCACACUGGAUACACCAGACGCUGAUGCUGUUGCCCACACUCCACCUGAUCCGUUAUGGCCAAGUGGUAUCUGUAGCGUUAUUGUUCACCAGAUUGUUAAUCUGGAACUCGAGAACAUCAAAGGUAGCAAUGGCAAUCGCAAGGGUAAAGAAUUCGAACCGGCCAAAGCUUAUGGAGAAGCUACAGAAGAAGAAUCCGACAAAUUGCCUACGUCCUAUUGCACCAUUUUGUACAAUGAUGUGCUUGUCUACCGUACUCGAGCGAAGGCAGUCAGCAGCAAGCCCAUUUUCAAUGCUGGCACAGAACGAUUCAUGCGUGAUUGGAGAUCUGCUUUGGUUACUGUCACCGUGCGUGAUCAGCGCAAUCGUGAACAUGAUCCAAUUUUGGGCGUUGUUCCAUUGCGCUUGUCCGAAAUACUGACCACUAGCUCCCAAGUGACGCGCUGGUAUCCUCUCGAUGGUGGGAUUGGUUUCGGUCGUAUCAGAAUUUCGCUCUUGUUCCGCAGUGUUGAAACUCGACUUCCACCAAAAAUGCUUGGAUGGGAUGUUGGCACAUUCGAAUUCUUGUCUGACCACAUCGUCACCAAAGGUUGGACUGAUAACACCAAGCUAAAGCUUCGGACUGGUGGUAGCAGCGGCAAGAUACCUCGAACACAGUGCCACAAGACUGAAGAGGGAGACGGCGUUUACUGGGACGUUUCCGCCUCGAGCAACCAUCAUGUUCGUCUUCCAGUCAAACAUCGGUAUCGAUCACCAGUCAUCUUUGAGUUCCACGUCAGUGGUAAGCGCGGAGCUGCUGCAUACGCAUCCAUUUGGUUGCAAAACCUGGUCGACAAUGAAGAAACUCCAUUUGAUAUUCCUAUCUGGAAGACCAAGAAUGGUAAUCGCCUGAUACAGAAUUAUAUCACGGAAGAGAAUUUCAAGGCAUUUACAGACAAGGGACUUGAAGAUUUGGAAGAGGUGGGACGGUUGCAGUUCCGUGGCCGAUUCAAGGCUGGCAUGGAUGAGUCUCAUCGUGACUUUGUCGUGGACAACGAUACUCGGGAGACUUACGAGACAUUUGAAGCUUGCUUGACGGAGGGAGUUCGAGCACGCGUGGUCGAAGCAGAAGUGCCCGAUGAGAUUCAGGAAUUGCAUGAGAAAUCACUGUCCGAAGGCCGUGAUAUUCUUCAUCAACAAGUGGACGAAAAGGAGAGGAAGAAAUGGCUCAGCAAGUCCGGUGAAGAUUGGUCUGGGGCGUUUGGUCACGAUCCUCGGGCUUAUACCAACAAAAAUUGGGAGAAGAUUGCAGAGCCCGGAAAGGACCGUCCGCCGCAUGAUCCAUACAACCCAUCAAGUGAUGAUGAUGACGAUGAUGAGGGGGCUGACAGCAGCUCAUCUUCGGACCUUGGUAUCACCGACUCCACGAAUGCACCUGUAGGAGGGUUCGAUAAGCAUCGAAAGAGUCUCUCUUCAUCUGGCGGCGGAAGGCCCAGCGGAGAUACGAUGUAUACGACCGACACAAACGAUACAACAUUUUCACAGGGCUCGGGUAAUUCAGUACAACCCGUGGCACCAAAGGAUUCAAAGUUCGACAAGAGGGCAGGGAAACGUGCAGAAGACCGCAAACAUCGUGGAGUGUCGCAAUGGUUGCCUGCACGCAAUGUCAAAUUUGCCCAAAGCCAAGCCAAGAUUGGUGUUUCGCGCAUCAAGAAGAGAUUCACUGGUAGCCUAGGUGGUCGCGAGCCUGGUGUUGAGACGGAAGCCAGCUGA